UCUCAAUAAAAUCAUCAUGAAGAAUAUUAUUUUAGUUGUGACAUUUUUACUAGUUAAUGUUUGCAUUAUAAAUGCCCAAGUCGCAAUCCACUAAUGAGCCCGUGUGCGACUCAAAUGGGUUUUACACCAAAUGCGAUACAGCAUGCCCGAUAACAUGCCAAAAUUACGAUAAUCCACCUAAAUUUUGCACGUUUAAUUGUGUUAAACGUUGCGCCUGUAACCAAGGUUAUAUUAAAGAAUCGAUUGGUAGUAUACGAUGUGUGUUACCAGAAAAUUGUCCUGGUACAAUAAAGGUUUAA